AUGCUCAGCCAACUGUCCAGGGCCACGGAUCUCUACCUGAAGGAGCUCAAGGCCUACAAGACCCCCGCCGUCAAGGAGUCCGACUCUGAAGGCCACGUUCAGGCAUUCGCCAUGCCCAAGACCCCCGCCUCCCCCGAAGAGUCCGACCUCGCCAGCAACCUGAAGGAGUACGAGAGCAUGGCCGUCGAGAUUGAAGGCCAGGAUGCCACCCAGACCAGCCAGAGUGGCUCCGCCGCGCUCCCCGACUGGCUCGAGGCCGAGGAGGACGACGAGCCCGCCCACUAG